AUGCAUUCUGAUAAUAACAAUACAACAAUAGUCUGUUGGGAAAUAUUCAUAAAAUCUUCACAAGAAGAAUAUCAGGAAAUAAUACUUCCCUUUAUUCGUAAUAUAUUUCUAAUGCCAAAGUCAGUACAGGCAACAGUCACUCUAUUGGAAAACAUUGAUGUAUUGAUUGGCAAAACAGCUCAAAGCGACUUAAAAACUGAUGUCUUACCCAUGCUUUACGGCUCUUUCGACUCGACUUCUCCUCAAAUUCAGUUUCUUUAUUUGAAGCAUAACCCUUAA